AUGGCUGAGCCACAAAUUUCUCUCCUAUCCGACCUCACGCCUCCCUCGCUAGAGCGAACAUGGCUCACGGCACCGCACCCGACACUCCCAAUUGUCGCGACAUGUAGCUCCGACAAGACCGUGCGGGUGUACUCGCUCACCAACUUCAAGCUCCUAUCAACCAUCACCGGCGGACACAAGCGCAGCGUGCGGACAUGUGCCUGGAAACCACACGUACAGGGCGAGAGCGUACUCGCCACGGGCAGCUUCGACGCGACGGUCGGAAUCUGGCGACGAUGGGACAGCUAUGGGCGGACCGACGCAGGAUGGGGACUCAGUUCCGGGGAUAACGAGGCCGUCAAUGGCGACGAACACGACGGGAACGGUUCGAAUGCCGAUGAAGACGAAGAGUGGCGGUUUGCCGUUCUUCUGGACGGACACGAUAGCGAAGUCAAGUCUGUUUCGUGGUCCCCGUCGGGGAUGUUGCUUGCCACAUGCGCGCGCGAUAAGUCGAUUUGGAUCUGGGAGGACCUGGAUGAUGGAGACAACAACUUCGAGACGGUAGCCGUGAUGCAGGAGCAUGGCGGGGACGUGAAGUGCGUUGCGUGGCACCCUGUGGAAGAAUGUCUCGCGAGCGGCGGUUACGACGACACGAUCAGGGUGUGGCGGGAGGAUUUGGAUGACUGGGGCCAAGUGGCAUGUAUCAAGAAGCACGAAGGAACGGUGUGGUUCCUUGACUGGGAGGGUCCCGAGACCGUGCCAGCAUCGACGUCGAGCGACCUGCAGAGCCAGUGGCGGGAGCAGCGCGCUCUUUCGGGACCGCGACUGAUUUCCUGCUCGGAUGAUCGUACCGUGCGGGUCUGGCACCGUCUUCCCAAGGAGACCUCACAGCCGGGCAUGAGCUCGUCAGCAACCACCGGGAUCCCGAGCAUUAUCCGGCCUACGGGCACCGAUGAGACGUGGGAGGAGGACGCAGUGCUGCCCCAUGCACACGAGCUGGCUAUCUACGCUGUGGCAUGGAGUCGGAAGACGGGGCUCGUUGCAUCUGUCGGCGCCGACGGACGCAUUGUGGUCUACGAGGAGCGACUAGUGGCGCCGUCCACUGAUUCGGAUGCUAUGGACACCGAGCCUUCGACGAGACCCUCAGUACAGACGGAAUGGGCGAUUCUUGCCGUCUUUGAUGGAGCACAUGGCAUCUAUGAGAUGAACCAUGUGGCUUGGGCGAAGCGGGCGGAUCGUGGAUCGGAGGGCGCUGAUGAGGAAGUCUUGGUGACCACUGCAGAUGAUGGAAGCGUCAAAGUGUGGACGCUGCAGCGGUGA